AUGUAGAGAAUAUUACCCUAUGCAUUCCAUGGAUUAGAUUAUUUAUAUGAGCCUCCUUUAGCAAGAUUAUAUAAUCUGAUUCCUUCAUAUUAAACUUAAAAACUAGGCGAAGGAUUUUUGAAUCAAACAUCUUAAGUUUACACAUCCCUAUUAUAAUCUAUUGCAGAAUAAGACAAAGAAUUUUUGAAAUAAAUUCUAGAGCCUAAGUUAUUUCACGCAACUUCACAUUGCAUGGAUUUGCUAGAAGGGCAGCAAUUAAAAUUACAAUAUGUUGAAUAAGAUUAAUAGCAAAAUGAAGAAAAGCAAGAAGAGGAAGAAGAAGAAGAAGAAGGCUAAUAACCAUAACAAUAGUUUAGUAUUUUCUCAAAAAAACUGUAAAAAGAUUAGUACAUAUUAUUUAUUUACAUUAGAGGCAAGAAUGAGACAUAUCAUAUUUAUUAAGAAAAUGAUUAUAAAUGUAAUAUUGAUAUCAAAGGCAUAUUUGGUGUGAAAAUUAACAGAAAUGAAAAUGAAAAGACUCCAUUUUUUUAGAUUCCUGCUUUGCCUGUCACUCCAAGGUAUCUAUGUAUGUUCUAUAAAGGAAUUAUUAUGUAAACCUGAAAAAUCCUUUUAGUCUAUAUGAAAACCAAAUUUUAGUUGCGAAUAUUUUAAUUUACACUAGCAAGAAAUUGAUUGCUGUAGAUUAAGAAGGAAAAUUAGUUCAUGGCAAUUAUGAUAAUAAUAAAUUUUAAUACCAUAAAAUAAGAUUAGAAUCUUAUAUACCAAAUUUCAAUUGGAUAGUUACUGAUAUUGAUGAUUAUCUUAAAGGAAAUCCUUAUUAUUGA